AUGACAUUUAGUUACUUUAAAGAUAAGGACGCUGAUCAAUGGAUCAUUAAAGAUGCAUUUGAAGAGCUUGAGCAAGAGAAUCCAAAAUGUUCAACAUGCAAUUUGCUAUUUAAGUUAAAAAGGACAUUGGUUUGUGUUGCAAAAAAGUCUGAAGAUUCCACCAAAUGUCUUGCCGCUGAAGGAAUUUUAAAUGAUUGGGAGAAUGUCAAAUCAUCUCUUAAAGAAAAACGUGAUAAAAAACAUCAAAAGUAUGGCAUCAAUAUCAAUCAAACAUCUGGAACAGUGAAUUUAACUGUGCCAGAAACUUUAUUAUCUGUACCUACUAAGCGAUCAUUAGAGGAAGUAUCAAAUUCCACCUCCAAUACUUCCUGGAACAGUGCGGAAGGUAGUAAAAAAAGAAAGACAAUGAAUAUCUACAUCAGCAGUACAUAUCAAAAAACCGAUUUUGGCGGUGACAAUGAUAAAAACCCAAAGUGGUUGGCCCAAGAUGUUGACGUUACGUCCAUUCUCCGCAAUUAUCGUCAAAGAUCAGUUGAAGGCGCUCAAAUGCGCAAAGAAUUAUCUGAUACAAGAAUUUUGUAA